GUUUGUCUGAAAAAAUGAAGACUGUUAGAUUCAUAUAUUUUCUUGCUUUCUUCAGCUACAUUAAAGGUCAAACUCUUCAGAGAAGUUUACUAGAUGCAGCCAUACAGCACUCUAAUAGCCAGAAUUAUCUGGAGGAGAACUUAAGAGACAUCAUUAGCAUUAUGGUUGCUCAGUUUCUUCAGAAAUCCACUUAUGAAGAAGUACAAACCAUAGUUGAAGAGUUACUAGAUUUUGCAGAGAAAUGCAAGAGCCUCAAGCUACAUGAGUCACGUUUAGAAUGCUCUUACCAGUUGAUGACCACCUUCUUAGAGCAUAUAUGUAAUAACCAAGGAAUGGUUGACAAACAUGUAUUUUCUGACUGUUGCAAUGUAAAUAACACAGCAAGACAUAAGUGCUUCCUAUUAAAUAAAAAAGAUGAUGCAAAUUACAGCGAAAUAUUGCACAUUCCAAAUCUUGAGCAGAUCUGUGAGGUAAACAAAAGGAAUCAAGUGUUAGUGAAGAAGAGGUACAUUUAUGAAACUUCUAGAAAGCAUCCAUUCUUGUAUGGACCCACUAUUCUGACCAUGUCUGCUUGCUAUGGAACAGCUGUUCAGUCAUGUUUCCAAGAAGAUAAUAAGAUUGAAUGCCUCCAGAUAAAGCUACAACCCAUCAGAAAAUACAUUAGAGAAAUAUCUUUGAGGCAUCACUAUUUAUGUGAAAUUGGGACUAAAUUCAACCACAAAGUAGCCAAAGCAGUGGAAUUGGUUCUGUUGACUAAAAAACAACCUAAAGCUAACUUUUCUGAAAUUGCCAAACUGGCUGCUGAUAUUAAAAAUCUUCAUCAGACCUGUUGUGAAGGAAAUACAGUAGCAUGUGUAUUUGGCAGGAGCCAGCUUAUGAACUAUACCUGCUCUAAACAGGCUCUCCUAUCCAGCAAGAUCACUCCAUGCUGUGCACUGCCAGUGCCCUUCAGAGGGGAAUGCAUUAUCAACUCUGAAAAUGACAAUAAACCUCAUCUCUCAUCCCUGCCAUUCAGCAGGUUUACAGAAGAUCGAUUUGUAUGCAAACAAUUCACUGACAAGCAGGAUGAUUUUGUACAAGAGUUUCUUUAUGAAUAUUCAAGAAGACAUCCAGAGUUGGCAGUUCCAGUUAUUUUAAGAGUGGAUUCAGUGUAUCAAAAGUUAUUGGAAAAAUGCUGUAAAUUAGAAAAUCCUCUGGAAUGCUAUAGCCAUGGGAAAGAGAUGUUCCAACGAGUGGUUCAUGAAAGCCAUGAGCACGUUAAAAAUCAUUGUGAUUUACGUGAGAAAUUAGGAGAUAGUAACUUCCACGACAGGCUCUUGGUCCAUUAUACUAAGAAAGCCCCACAACUAUCUGCUCAAGAGUUGGUUAUGUUCACAAAGAACAUGGCAGCUGCCGCCACCAAAUGUUGCCCUCUGAGUGAUGAACAGCAGUUUGUCUGCAUGGAGGAUGCGGCUAAGCUAAUUCUUGGAGCUUUAUGCAGAAGACAUGAGACACAGCCUAUCAAUGCCGGUGUGGGUCACUGUUGUGAUGAUUCCUAUGCCUUCAGAAAGCUAUGCUUUGAUGAUCUGCACAUUGAUGGAACUUAUAUUUCUCCACUUUUAUCCUGCGGCCAAAUCAUCAGCCUUAAAGAGGACUUAUGCAGAGCUCAAGAGGAGGAAAUCCAAAUUGAAAAGCAAAAGCUCCUCAGCAACCUUGUGAAACAGAGGCCAUAUGCAACAGAGAUGCAGUUCCAACCAAUUACUGUGGAUUUUACUCAGCUGGUGAAGAUGUGCUGCCAAGCAGAAAAACGUGAAACAUGUUUCCAAGAAGAGGAGUCCAAACUGAUAGAAAAGUGCCGGUCUCUCUUGGGAGGCUAAAUGAUUCCAGAAAUGUCAGUGUAGGACGAUUGCUGAGAUCUGCAUUUUGUUCUUCAUGAAUAAUGAAACCCGUGUCUAAUAUUCAAGCCAGCAAUUAUUUUUCAGCGACUCACAACAUCGCCCAAGAACUCUAGCCAGUCUACACUGAAUUCUCCUUUCCUACUCAGCAGAAAAAUCUGCUUAUUGUACAACCCACUUUCAUUCUCCAUUCCCCCCAUAACUUUUCUGCUUCUUAGAAUCAGCAACAGAAAUAGGAAGUCAAGGCAUCUUUGAAGAGCCUCAGGUAGAUGGAAUGGGCUGCCGCAUCCACUGGAAACUGGCUGCUGGGUUUUUAGAGUAAAAAUAUCCCAAAUGCAACUGGAGCUUCUGUCUAUACCACUUCUAAAAGUGAUCAUCAAAGAACUGAAUGAAGUGUGCUUUGUAAUAAAGUUACUUUCAUAAUUAUUUUGUCUUCCAUCUUUACGCUAUAUACAUGA